AGCGGCAGCAGCACCAUGCAGGCCAACGGGGCGGGAGGAGGAGGAGGCGGCGGCGGCGGCGGAGGAGGAGGCGGCGGCGGCGGCGGCGGCAGUGGUGGAGGAGGCCAGGGCCAGACCCCGGAGCUCGCCUGCCUGUCGGCGCAGAACGGGGAGUCGUCCCCUUCGGCGACGUCCGCGGGGGACCUGGCCCAUGCCAACGGGCUCUUACCCGCCGCCCCCUCCGCCGCCGGCAACAAUAGCAACAGCCUGAGUGUCAAUAACGGGGUUCCCGGCGGGGCCUCCGCGGCCUCCGCCACCGUCGCCGCCGCCCUGGCCACCCCCGACCUGGGCAGCAGCCUCAAGAAGAAGAAGCGACUCUCGCAGUCCGACGAGGAUGUCAUUAGGCUCAUAGGACAGCACCUCAAUGGCCUAGGGCUCAACCAGACUGUUGAUCUCCUCAUGCAAGAGUCAGGAUGUCGUUUAGAACAUCCUUCUGCUACCAAAUUCCGAAAUCAUGUCAUGGAAGGAGACUGGGAUAAGGCAGAAAAUGACCUGAAUGAACUAAAGCCUUUAGUGCAUUCUCCUCAUGCUAUUGUGGUAAGAGGCGCACUUGAAAUCUCUCAAACGUUGUUGGGAAUAAUUGUGAGGAUGAAGUUUUUGCUGCUGCAGCAGAAGUACCUGGAAUACCUGGAGGAUGGCAAGGUCCUGGAAGCACUUCAAGUUCUGCGCUGCGAAUUGACGCCCCUGAAAUACAAUACGGAGCGCAUUCAUGUUCUUAGUGGGUACCUGAUGUGCAGCCAUGCAGAAGACCUGAGGGCGAAAGCAGAGUGGGAAGGUAAAGGGGCCGCUUCCCGCUCCAAACUACUGGACAAACUCCAGACCUAUUUACCACCAUCAGUGAUGCUUCCCCCACGGCGUUUACAGACUCUCCUGCGGCAGGCGGUGGAACUACAAAGGGAUCGGUGCCUAUAUCACAAUACCAAACUUGACAAUAAUCUAGAUUCUGUGUCUCUACUUAUAGAUCAUGUUUGUAGUAGGAGACAGUUCCCUUGUUACACUCAACAGAUACUUACGGAGCAUUGUAAUGAAGUAUGGUUCUGUAAAUUCUCUAAUGAUGGCACUAAACUAGCAACAGGAUCAAAAGAUACAACAGUUAUCAUAUGGCAAGUUGAUCCGGAUACACACCUGCUAAAACUACUUAAAACCUUAGAAGGACAUGCGUAUGGUGUUUCUUAUAUUGCAUGGAGUCCAGAUGACAACUAUCUUGUUGCUUGUGGCCCUGAUGACUGCUCUGAGCUUUGGCUUUGGAAUGUACAAACUGGAGAAUUAAGGACAAAAAUGAGCCAGUCUCAUGAGGACAGUUUGACGAGUGUGGCGUGGAAUCCAGAUGGAAAACGCUUUGUGACUGGAGGUCAGCGUGGGCAGUUCUAUCAGUGUGACCUGGAUGGAAAUCUCCUGGACUCCUGGGAGGGAGUGAGAGUGCAGUGCCUGUGGUGCUUGAGUGACGGCAAGACUGUGCUGGCAUCUGACACGCACCAGCGAAUUCGGGGGUAUAACUUCGAAGACCUUACAGACAGGAACAUAGUACAAGAAGAUCAUCCUAUUAUGUCUUUUACUAUUUCAAAAAAUGGCCGAUUAGCUUUGUUAAAUGUAGCAACUCAGGGAGUUCAUUUAUGGGACUUACAAGACAGAGUUUUAGUAAGAAAGUAUCAAGGAGUUACACAAGGGUUUUACACAAUUCAUUCAUGUUUUGGAGGCCAUAAUGAAGACUUCAUCGCUAGUGGCAGUGAAGAUCAUAAGGUUUACAUCUGGCACAAACGCAGCGAACUGCCAAUUGCAGAGCUGACAGGGCACACGCGUACAGUCAACUGUGUGAGCUGGAACCCUCAGAUUUCAUCCAUGAUGGCCAGUGCCUCAGAUGAUGGUACUGUUAGAAUAUGGGGACCAGCACCUUUUAUAGAUCACCAGAAUAUUGAAGAGGAAAGCAGCAGCAUGGAUAGUUGAUGGCAGAUUUGGAGCAGACGACUUCUGUUUCACUUAAAAUUAGUCGUAUUUUAAUGGCUUGGGAUUUGGUGCAAACAAACAUGAUUGAUAGCUGGACAGACAUGCUCGUCAUGAAAAAAAGAACCAUUUCUGAAGCCCGAUUGGGGCCAAACAUUUACACCUUGCUUCAUAGUAACCAGUUGAUGAAGCACGUCGUUAGAACGUUGUCGGACACCAUGUUGAAUUAUCCCCCCAUCGGUUGUGAAGAACUGUGCUACCUUCAGGCUUACCCAUUGAACUCAGUAUAUAUAUUUUUUUCCCUCCUGCCUUUUGUCUGGUGGGAUACCAUUCUUGUUGCUCUUCUGUGUAAUGAAGUUUAAAUGCUUGUUUGGAAAACUUUAUUUAACAGUUUAGAAGGCUUGAUAGAAAGAGUGCAUUAGUCUGAAGAGUACACAUUGGACAGGAAAGAAUUCCUUCUUUUGUUUCUCCAAAUCUUUCCGCCUUAUUUAGCUUGAGAUCUUUGCAGCUUGGUUCAUGGAUUCUAGCCUUGCCCGUUGCACAGUAUAUACUGAUCAGAUGAUAAACCAGUGAACUAUGUCAAAAGCACUCUCAAUAUUACAUUUGACAAAAAGUUUUGUACUUUUCACAAAGCUUGUUGCCCCGUAAAAGGGUUAACAGCACAAUUUUUUAAAAAUAAAUUAAGAAGUAUUUAUAGGAUUAAAGUGACUUCAUUUGUAUACAUUUGGAAUCUAAACCAGCGUAAAAACAGUUUCCUCAAUGACUUAGAUAUGCAGUAUAGCUGAUGCUCUUCUGGAAUGCCACAUGAGACAUGGUCAGAAACAGUGCUGGGAAGGAGGACAUUACAAAGGAAAUUGAGAGGAAUACUUUGAAGGUCCCCCCUUUUUUGCUUUACUUCUGAAGGAACAUCAGUACCUGAUGUUGAAGAAAUUCAAGACUCAAAAGGAGAAUUUUAAAUACACCAACAUGAAAUGCCAGUCAACAGUCUAGGUUUUCAACAGUUCAUUCCCAGUUGUUCUCAACUUGGGGAGUAAUUUUGGUGUGAUCUAUCAAGAGAGUAGAAAUCAGCAAAUAGAACUACUUUGGAAAUUGAUAUAGUGUAGCUGAGAUUUAGAAGAAUUCAGCAAGUUAAAACAUACUUAAACUGAGAUUAAAUCCUCAUAGUCAUUUCUCCUAGCAAUUAUUGGACAUUUAGGGACACAAAAAUUUCAAAGAAGAUUCCUUCUUAGCUUUUCAGAUGUUGCCAUAUUGAACCUCAUUCAAACUGGUGCUGUGGACAGUCCUACCCUCUCCUCUCCCUCCCCUUUUAGUUUAAGGAAAGGUUUCCCUCUCCUUCAUGGAAAAAGGCUUGAUUUUGAAGUUCCACAUUUAACAAGCCAAAAGCCUGGUGUUCAUGGUAUGUUUUUAAAUCCUGUACCAGCUCAGUACAGCAUAGUCUCCCUUGAAAUAACCUGUUUUCAGUUAGAGGGCAAAUAGGGUGACAACAGCUACUGGGGAGAGAAUUGGGGAUAACCCCAAAGUAAGAUUCUGGUGAAGAAAAUCUCUUGUACCAAGUUGCCCUCCAGCCCUCACCAAGUCUAGUAAUUCUGUGAUAAUACCCCAGGACCCACUAAGAAGAAAAUACUUGCAUUUCAGGAAUUCUUUCCUCGUGGGGAUGGUGGGGAAGGGCUGGCAGCAGGGAGAGAGGGGCAAGCCAGGGGAAGGAGAAGAAAGUGAAACACGUCUGGCCUUAAAUUAGUGUGGAGUCUCCCAAAGCCCAUCGGAAGAAAAUGACAGAUCUUGGUCAGCAGCUUAUUUUGGCAAAUUAGUAUGUAAAAGAUUUAAGUUUCGUUUUUGCAGAGACCACCACUUUAGAGAAUCAAAGACUUCCUGUUUUGAUACUUCUAAGUGAAAAUAACUGUUACCGUUUAUCUGGUACUUCAUUUUUCUUGACUAAGAUUUUUACUUUAAGCUUGAAUAAAAAUUUUCAUUGGUAACUGUAAAUAAUUAAGUGGCAACUUCUCUUUACCUCAUAUAGUUAAAAUUAUUCAUAUUUUGAUUCAUGUAUACCAUGAAGCCAUUAGUAGACCCCAGUCUCUACAGUAACAUCACUAACAAAAUGUGGUCAUAGAGCUCCAUGGCUGUUUACAAAUUUGGUUACAUUGUACUGUUGUGCAUUUGUAACACUUGCUAAGAUUUGUGCCCAUUCAGGGACAGUUUGGCACUCAGAUUCUACUACUGCACCCAGCCACCCUUAGAUGUGAGUUUUCACAGUGCUUCUAGAAAGCAGCUCAAAACUAAGUUAAAAAAUGGGAUAAAACUGAGGCACAUUUUAUGCGAAUAUAACUCCUGUGAAAGCGGAGUAACAGCUAUGCAACGGUGCCCAGCAGCUAGGGGAGUCCGUUCCCAGGUCUGUCCUAACUGGCAGCUUCCUGUAAAUACUGGUACUUGGCAGUGCCAAUUUGCUGUGAACGUCUUGUUUCAUACUUUUGCCAUGUGUGUUAGAAAGCUGGAUAAGAUGGUGAAGAAACCCUAGGGUUUUAUGCUGUAAGAACUUGAUUGCAGGAUUUUUCUAACCCAUAGCUAUCAACUGAAAUUUCUGAUAAUGCUUUAGACUCUAAUAAGCUUAAAGAAAAUUCUGUUCAAGCCAGCUACGAGAUAACAAAUGUACAAAAUGAAAAGUACCAAUACUUUUUGCACAUAGAUCAAAAUAGUGGAGAAUUUUUGGCUCCAAAAAUCAGGUUAGUAGGCUCAAUUCCAUGUGCUUGAAAAUGUUUUUGUAAUUAUGCAUUGAUUAAGGGCUAGAGCAAGAAUGAAAUUGUCUUUUUCCUCUAAAUAACUGGUUAUUAGUGAGAAAGUAUUGGGUUGGGGGAUUACUGAGAUUGGUUUGUGGGUGGUGGUAAAGAGGGAAGGGAGUUGGUUGGGAGGGACGGCAAAGCUUCAGUGUUGAUUUCUAUACUUCAUUAGUAUUCAUGCCAGCUAUAUUUUUGUUGCUUUUAUUGGCCAGAUAAAUGUCUUCUGUUGAUCCAGGUAAGUCGUUUAAGCAGAGGAAAUUUUAUUUGCAAAUUCCCCCACCAAUUGGCCCAUCUUACUGGGUGGGAGAACAAAAUGAUUUCUCAACUAUAAGCAAUGAAAAUAACCUGCCUAGUUGUAAGGAACAAAACCCAUCUUGGUCAAUAUUUUUAGUCUUUAAAAAAACACAGGUAGUAGUAAUACAAGGAGGUUUACUGUUAGGAGUGUUAAUGCCUCUAGAGUGGCAUUCUGUGACAUUAAUAGAAAAUCCUUCUUUCCCUCCCCAUCUUGAAAUUUUCUUUUUUAGGCUGUUGGUUCCUGCAAACAAGAACUGACCCUAUCACCUGCCUCACAGUGGGUAAAUGUAUCGCACAUCUCUUGAAAGGGGACAUACCCAUGUCAGUUCCUUUCACAGCAGAAGAGUGGCUGCUUUUGAAUGGGGAGGAAAGAAGAUAUUUAUCUUAAUAUCCUUUUUGUCCCAUCUCUAAAAUGUAUUUUUAGUUUUAAUAUAAUUUCUCAUUUAAAUUCCAGCAACCCUCUUUUUGAGUUGCUACCUCCAUUUCAGAAACCAUAUCUGAUUUAACGUAACUGCUAACUUUAAAAAAAAAAAGGUGAAUUUGCAUUUACACUUAGACACUUUUUAAAAACAGGGUGAGUUUAACUGAAAAUUUCCAGUGUUAAGCUAUUGAUAUAGUAGCUGCCCUACGAUUGGAGAAGUAAAAAAACUGUAUACCCCAUCCCCCUACCUACUUGAUCCAGAUAGUCUGGAUUUCAUGAGGCUACUAGUAAAAAAAAAAAAGUGUGUGUGUGUAUGUGUGUGUGUGCGUGCGUGCGUGUGUGUGUGCGUGUGUGGGGGGGGAGAAAGUACUUAAUUCAUAAACCCUGGAAAUAGCUGUUCUAGGUUCUCAUCAUUUUUACGUAAAGUCUCAUGCACAUGUUAAGUACCCUGUCUGACUUUAAGGCUUGGUUAAUAUUCGUCUAUUUUUAUAUGACUGAAAUUGUGUCCCCAGCUUAAAUUAUGCAUUUUUAUUGUUAGGAUCAGUGUGCUAGAACUGAAUCAUACAUUUUUAGGCACAGAUGGAAAAAGAAAAAGUUAUUGGCUCCUUGAAAAUGUAUAUGUAUGGUUAGGGGAUAGAUCCACAAAAACGUGUGUGUGCUUGCAAACCAAGCUGUAGAGAUCAAGAACAAGAACUUCAGUGUCGAUCUCAAGAUUUCUAAAUUGUGGAGAGUUACAUGGCAUUGUGGUGGAACUAGUUAACACGUAGAGCUUUUGGUAUGUAAUAACUAUUUGCUAUGGACUGAUUACGUGUUUCCAGAGAAUUGUGUUCUUAAACUUGGGUUUGUUUUAAUUGCCUCUCAGAUUAUAUUUAGUAGUUUAAAUUUCUUUGCUUUAUUAUUUCAUUAAAGUAUAAAAACUUCAGGUCUCAUAUUUAUUUUCACUUGUUCUACUAAUUAUUUACAAGACACCUUUUUGUUGACUCUUAUUUUAUAAAUGUGUGUAUAUUAAAUGUCUUUAAAGUUUCUGUUUGAUUGAAAUUACAUUAACUUUGAUUUGCUUUACCUGGAUAUUUUUUAAAUUUUAUUUUCAGUACCCCUUUUCCUUGUCAGUGCACAGCACUUACCCAGUCCUUUGUAUUCCCCUUCUCUCAAUCCAAUAAACAGAAUGAAUAACUAA